AUGCUCGUUGAACCGGCAUCGUACAGCCCUGCAACCCCACCGUGCAUGCUCGUCGAACCAGGUUCGGACAGCCCCGCUGCCUCGCCGUGCGGGCUCGUCGAACUGAGUUUGGACAGCCCUUCUGCCUCACCAUGCGUGCUCAAUAAACUGGGUUCUGACAGCCCUGUUGCCUCACCGUGCGUGGUCGACAAACUGUUUUCGGACAGCCCUGCUGCCUCGCCUUGCUUGCUCGUCGAACUGGGUUUGGACAGCACUGCUACCUCUCUCUGCGUGCUCGACAAAUUGGGUUCAGACAGCCCUGCUGCCUCGCCUUGCAUGCUCAUAGAAACGAGUUCAGACAGCCCCGCUGCCUCGCCCUGCAUGCUCGUCGAACUGGGUUUGGACAGCCCUGCUGCCUCGCCGUGCCUGCUCGACAAACUGGGUUUGGAGAGCCCUGCUGCCUCGUCGUGCUUGCUCGACAAACUGGGUUCGGACAGCCCUGCAGCCUCACCGUGCAUGCUCGACAAACUGGGUUUGGGGAGCCCCGCUACCUCGCCGUGCGUGCUCGACAAACUGGGUUCAGACAGCCCUGCUGCCUAG